UCCUUGCUAUGCAACACGAGGAGCUUACUAAUGAAGACCUGAUGGAAUUGGAGGCCAAGAGAAAGUAUGAAGAGAGACAAGAGGAAGAAGUAACUGAAGAACUGAAGAGAUUCAUGAUGCAGGAAAUGACAAGGGGGUUUUCUUUAUUUGAGGAGGCACAGGACCCGAACGUAGAAUGGUACGGAAAGGUUGCAGCAGCUGUUCAAAAUGCAGUCCAGUGCUACUGUGUCAACUAUGACAAGAAAAGAAGAGCUACUACCCAGACAUCACUGGAUCAUUUUUUCAAGAGGGUAGGUAGAAUUGAAUCCAGCAAGGAACCAGAACCUGUGCCGUCAAUGUUGGGCAUGAGUGAAAUGGCAGCUUGCCCUGUCUCCUAUUGCUGAUGACCCUUCAGCUCUACCAUCUCCCACCUCCUCUCCCUCCUCUAGUCAGAAGUUAUUUUAGGUUCUGUGAAAGAGAUGCUUUCUCAUCUUUAAGGCUUACCAGAAACUCUGAUUUGAAGAGAAUAAAUGGAUUUUGCAACAAACCCCAGGAAAGUCCAAAGCCUCCAACCCACACUUAUGGCCACAGAGUGCCAUUGCAUAAGCCUACGGACUGGGAGAAGAAGAUGCUAAUAUGGUCAGGUCGCUUCAAAAAGGAAGAUGAAAUCCCAGAGACUGUCUCGUUUGAGAUGCUCGAUGCUGCAAAGAACAAGGUCCGGGUGAAGAUCAGCUAUGUAAUGAUUGCCUUGACAGUGGCAGGAUGCAUCUUGAUGGUUAUUGAGGGCAAGAAGGCUGCCAAAAGAAAUGAGACUUUAACAAGCCUGAACCUAGAAAAGAAAGCUCGUCUGAGAGAAGAAGCUGCUGUGAAGGCCAAAACAGAGUAGCAGAGAUAUCCAUGUUGGCUGGAUUUUGAAAAUCUAGAAACAAUGUUGCAGUAACAGGCCUUAAUAAAAUGAAUGUGGUAUGAGUUCCCUAAUUCUGCUCUAGAGCUACAAAUAAAUUUUCUUAAAGAAA